AUCGUGCGUCGUCCGUCAGCCGUCCGCCCCUUCCCCGUCCGCGCGAGCAACCUAGCUCCAUCUGCCCCCUCCCGUUCGUCGGUCUCCUCCGCACGCUCGCAACUGCUCCCUCCCUCCGCCGUCGCGCGCACCCUCCCCCUCGCUCUGGACCUCUCCAAGACGUUGGAGUUCUCCGUCCCCACGCCUCGCCGGACCCGCCAUCACCGCCUCCUCGUUGGGCCACGAAACCCUAGCGGCGCCUGCAGCCCCUGGAUACCGCGUCCCGCUCCCUUGCGCAUCCGCCCGUGCCCUGCUCCCACCGACGUCGCCUCCUCGCUGGGCCACGGAUCCCCUCCGGAUUGACGGUUGUGCCGCCUGGCCACGCCGUCGGAUCAGUGGUGCAGCGCGCGGUGCAGGAGAUGCUGGAGGACCAGCUCGGUUGGUGGCCCGGGUGGGAGUUCUUUAGGCUGGCCGGUGACCCGGCGGUUCGGCCUGAACGGUUGAUGAACAUGUCGGGGUCACCGGCCUUCAGGGCGUACGAGGUCGCCGACUUCAGGUGGGGGAGGCCAAGGCGGACGAAGCCCAUCAGGAUGAACCACGACGGGCAGCUGGCACUGGCACUGGCACUGGUUCUGCCUCCCGACGCUCCCCGGAUCUCGCGUCGUGCGUCCCCACCACGUCCGUCGCAGACGCCGCGAUGAGAUCCUGGAUCCCCCGCGACAUCCUCCUCCACUGCGGCAUGGCCGCCCCGACGUCCUCGCGCGCCGCUCCCCCGAGGUGGCGGGCAUGGUGCGCGUGGCCAUCGCGGGGGUCACGACGGCGGUGCGGUUCCAGGAGCUGGUGGACUGGAUGGAGGAGCAGAAGGCGGCGUUCAGGGACGGCAGCAAGUGGACGGAGAUAGUGAACCUGGGGCUCGGGAGCCCCGCGCUCAUCAUGUCUGGGCUGCUUCUGUUCGCCAUCGACGGGGACCUCGGGUUCGGGUCUUCGGGAAGCCCAGCCUCGUGCUGCCCUGGGUGCGCCACGACCGGCUGGGGUCCAUGUCCGUGACGGUGGUGCCCUGCCCUAGUGGCGACGGGUCGUGGUUCUUCGGCGGCACCAGGAUGUGGUCGCGGCUCAUGGAGGUGGUCGAAUCUGACCCUUUGAUGAAGCCGACAGUGAACCUGGGAAUGGCGACAGCGGCGGGAUCCCUCUGUGACUGUGAGCUCGCGCUGGUGGUACAUGCCAUUACGGUGUACAGGUAUCAUCGCCAUCAUCAUCUAGAUCCAGAUUUAGAUUGUAGAGCAGCUCUCUGUGUUUGUCACCUUGGAACACAGAAUCCCUACUACUCUCUCCCCAUAAGUGCAAUUUCAGGAAACUUAUAAAGCUCAGUGAUAAAGGAUGGUAUUCAAGGAAGUUUUGAAGAAAUUAGAAUGCCAUACCUAUCGACUUCAACCAGAGACCUAAGUUUCCUUCCAAAGGGAGAGGUAUAGUAUCUGAAAGCAAAUAGAAGAGGGUUUGUCAGGGCCCAAGAAAAACUGCUACAGUACCACUACAGUAGCCAUCCACAACAAGGUUACACAAACAUAUUAAGUUCAGAAAAUGCAGUAAAAUUGUGUAAGUAUGUCUCACAGGUCAAUAUUUUUAUCCAUGAUGCUACAGACAUACAUGUCUGUUUUUUUUUGUUUUUUUGCUAGAUCCAUGAUAUUUUGGAGAACAUUUUGGAAAAAAACAUAAUGUUCCAACCAAAAUGCAUAGCACACUCGUCAAGCAGUUAUGUUUUAUGUUAUUUUCUCUAUCAUUAACAAUGAUCUGAAAGGAAAGAUGACAGCAAUAAAAACUGGAACCAAAUUGUGUUGCAAAAGAUAAUAAGAUCAGAGCAAAAAGGAUCUGCUAUCAUGUUCUUGGCCUUGUUCAUGGCAUAUGGACACCCGUUCCUCAAGCUGUGGAAGAUUACAUUGCCGACUAUGUUUGUAUGUUCUUCAAUUAUAAACCAUUAUUCAGAUUGUAGAGCAGCUCUGUCUGUGUUUGUCACCUUGGAACACAGAAUCCCUACUACUCUCUCCCCAUAAGGUUCUCGUUCUUCAGUGCACGAUAUCAAUCCACUGAAGCACUGGGUGCAGUUAAUCUCCCAAACUAUAUUUGGGGGUGUUCAGCAAAAACCGUGUCAACUGCGCCCGUGUGGGUGAGGGAUCACUAGAGGCUGGACUCGCGCUAGAGAUGGUCAAGGCAAAAGCAAGGGUCUGGUAUGAUAUUGACAUUCCCUUAGUUCCUUUGCGUUACUGCGGUGGUGUGAAUGGGGACGCUUCGAGUGCUUAGUAUUCUGAAUAAUUUGCAACAGUUAUGAGUAUCAUUUUGAUAAACUGCUCAGUACUCUGAAUUGGAAUUCAUUGUUUUCACCGCAUUUUCCUACAUUUUGCUGCCCAUUUAAUUCAAUGUGAGUAGGAGUAUCACAUUUGCAUAUCUUCUUCCUACCAUAAAGCUUAACAAGUUCGGCUUGCCUUCUUGCCACAAAUUGAGUUACAAUAUACUUUCGAUAGCGCACCUUGUCUACUUGUAUGAUGUGUUCUUUGUCAUCUGAACUCGAAUAUAUAUCCUUCAUGUACGUUAACCCCACUGGUUUUGCUGAACUAAGAAAAAGAGUUGAAGACUUGUACAAGGCCCAUGAACAAGAAUUGGAAGAUGUGUUGUGUUUGUUUGAGUAAUGAUUGAUACCGCAUGAUUCAGUACUAUUUUCUCAUGUUUGAGAUUCUUCGAUUCCAGGCAAAUAGAAUUUUAAGGCAAAAGAUUGCUGAGGAUCAGUUUCUCGAUCAUGUUAGUGUUGAAACAGAAGUGCGCUCAGUUUACAAAGAGCUCUACAGCAUUUACAAAACUACACUCAAAUCCAAGAGUUCAAUAAAUGAGGUGAAUCAGGUUGCUCAGCUGAGGAUCAUCAUAAAAUCAAAAUCCUGCAAUGGUGUUGGGCCAUUGUGCACUGCACAACAGAUCUGCUAUCAUGUUCUUGGCCUUGUUCAUGGCAUAUGGACACCCGUUCCUCAAGCUGUGAAAGAUUACAUUGCAACUCCAAAACCUAAUGGCUACCAAAGUCUACACACAACAGCGAUACCAUUUCUUAAUGAGAGUAUGUUUCAUUUGGAAGUUCAGUGGAAGAGGAGUGGUUUCUGGACCUGUUCAGCCUGGAAUAUCAAGUGGAAGAAAUGCCAAGGGGAAAGUAAUCUGCUUGAACAACACAGGCUUUGCUCUGAGGAUUGGUUGGCUCAAUGCAAUCUGCGAGUGGCAAGAAGAGUUUGUUGGUAAUAUGAGUUCUAGGGAAUUUGUUGAUACUAUCACCCGGAUCUUCUAGGAAGUCGUGUCUUUAGUCCCUUGAGCUCAGUGGCUCUGACAUUGGUGGUGGCUAUGAGCUUUAUGUUGAUGAAGCCAAGCCAAGAGGCGACGACCAGCGUGGUGGUGGUAGAUCUGGUGGCCGUUCUGGUGGGAGAUUUGGUGACCGUUCUGGUGGCCGGCGUGGUGGUGGUAGAUUUGGUGAAAGAUCUGGGGGCAAGGAUGGUGGCGGCAGAUUCGAUGGCCGACGCGGUGGUAGGGAUGGCAGCCGUGGACGCGGUGGCCGUGGCUUUGUUAACAAGCAGAGCGCUGGCACUCCCAGUGUAGG